AUGAAAGUCAAAUCAAUCUAAAUAAUUAUUAUUGUUUAGAAUAUAUAAUAGGAGAAGGAUCUUAUGGUUAAGUUUAUAAGGGCAUAUAAUAAGAAAAAGGAAAGAUGGUUGCCAUAAAAAUAGUACCAUCUAAUGGAGAGAUUGAUUCAUUCAAUUCAAAUUCUUCAUGAUUAUAAAAGUGAUAUUAUUGUAAAAUAUUUUAGAUUUUACCAUUUAAAUGAAUAGUUAUGAUUAAUAAUCGAAUAUAGUUAAGUAGGCAGUGUGAAAGCAUUGUGGUAUCCCUCACCAAUAGAGAAAUAAUAAUUGCUACAAUUCUCAAUUAAAUAUUAAAAGCUAUUGAUUAUAUGCAUAGCCAUAAAAUAAUACAUAGAGAUAUGAUCCAUAUUAUAUUUGAUUAUAUGAUAUGGGCAAUAUUAAAUUACAGAUUUUUGAAUUUCUAUCUAAUUGAUACACAAAAUAACUGACAUAGAUACAUUGAUAGUAAUAGGAAGUCCUAUUU